GGUAUAACCCUCGAUAGAGCAGUAAUUGAUAUUACCUCUAAAGAAUUUAUACCUAGAUUGCGAUAUAUAGCAGUUUCUCGGGUAAAGACCCUUAAUAGUCUUAUAUUUGAGAAACCCUUCGAUUUCUCCUUCUUUACUAAUCGCCUUAGCGCUACUGCUAUCGCUCGUAAAGCCGAUAUUGAACGCCGUAGGCUAGAGUGCCUUCUUCCUGAAAAUACGAGCGAUCAAGACACUUAA